CCAGUGCAACGCAACUUUUCGCCGCGACUGUACCGCUAUGUGCGGAACUCGAGGGUCACAAAUCCUCCCCUAAUCCACUUCCGACCACCCUUUUCAUCACAAUCGUCGUCGAUUCGCGGAGGUUAACGAACCAUCAUCCCUUACAAAUAUAAGUGUGCUUGUCUCAGUGUGUGUGUCUGUGUGCAGAGAGAGAAAAAAGCCAGUGAUUGUUUAAAAUGACAUACAAUUUCGGCGGAUUUGAUUAUAGGGGCUGGUAAAAGUGUUGGGCACGCACCGGUCAUUAUCUAAAAGGAAAAAAUUGCCAGUGGAGCGGGGAAAAACGGAGGCGUUUCAAUGACAGUGAGACGAUGUUACUGCGAGGGCCACUGCCCCAACCCCGAUCACGUCAACGGGACCUGCGAAAUCAAACCCGGUGGAAAAUGCUUCACCGCCGUUGUACUCGGCGACGACAGAGAAGAAGUUAGGACUUAUGGCUGUCUGUCCGCCGACGAGCGAGGGCUGAUGCAGUGCAAGGGUCAUCUGGUGCCGCACGAGCAAAGCAAAACUAUCCAGUGCUGCGACGAUUCGGACCUCUGCAACCGCAACCUGAAGCCGAUAUUGCUGCACAAGCCGACCACCAACACGCCAGACUUCCACGACGACAGUCUGCCUGUGGUGGUGCUCCUCACCUCCGUCACUCUAUGCAUCUCGAUAAUCCUGGUGAUCGCCGCCCUACUCUACCUCAAGUACCGCCGGAAGGAGAUGCAACGGAAAUGCGGCCUGUACGCGAGCGAGAAGUACCCGAACGUCGAGAUCCACGGACCGCUGAACGACUUGAUCGAACAGUCGAGCGGUUCCGGUUCCGGAUUGCCGCUUCUGGUGCAACGAACGAUCUCCAAGCAGAUCGAAAUGAUCAGUUCGGUGGGAAAGGGACGGUACGGCGAGGUGUGGCUGGCAAAAUGGAGGGGACAAAAGGUGGCUGUCAAAGUUUUCUUCACUACCGAAGAACAGUCCUGGUUUAGGGAGACCGAAAUCUACCAGACAGUCUUGAUGAGACACGACAACAUUUUAGGCUUCAUAGCAGCCGACAUUAAAGGCACAGGCUCAUGGACCCAAAUGUUGCUCAUCACAGAUUAUCACGAGAACGGCUCCCUGUACGAUUAUCUGCAAACCAACCGUUUGGAUCCCUCGUCUUUGUUGCUGAUGGCUCAGAGCAUCGCUAGUGGAUUAUGCCAUCUCCAUUUGGAGGUGUUCGGAACGCGAGGCAAACCUUCCAUCGCGCACAGAGAUAUUAAAAGUAAGAAUAUUCUGGUCAAGCGCAAUGGGGAGUGUUGCAUCGCCGAUUUUGGACUGGCGGUCAAGUUCUUGUCCGACACACGUGAAAUCGACGUACCUCCAAAUGCCCGGAGUGGCACCAGAAGGUAUAUGGCCCCAGAAUUGCUGGACAACACAGUGAACGUGCACAACUUCGAGGCCCACAAGAGCGCCGACAUGUACGCGUUCGGUCUGGUCUUGUGGGAGAUGUCGCGUCGAUGCGCAACAGGCGACAAACUCAAGUGCUCCGAGGAGUACCAAGUGCCCUAUUACGAUUGCGUGCCGUGCGAUCCGAGUUUUGAGGACAUGCAGCAAGUUGUAUGUGUGAAAAAAAUCCGUCCUCAGAUACCCCAAAGGUGGGAAACAGACAAUGUCCUGCUGAUUUUAAGUAGGGUGAUGCAGGAGUGUUGGAACGCCAGUCCCGCCGUCCGACUGACCGCGUUGAGGGUGAAGAAAACGUUAGCGAAGAUCGAUACGGACACUUCGAUAAAAAUUGUGUAGUGUGGAUAAUCUCUGUGUAAAUUGUAUAUCCGUUUGAUUCGGUGUAGUAGACGAAUUAUAUAAAAGUUUUGUUUGUAUUUCUAUUUGGAAAUAUGUUUUGGAAAGCUUUAAGUAUUUCUUUAGGGCACACGAUAUACAAUUGUACUUUGUUUAAGAUUGUACAUAUGACAAAUUAGUUUUUAAGUUGUACAUAACUUGUUCAUAAGUUAAAAAGAAUGUUAUAUAAUACAAAUAUAUAUAUGAAUAUAUUCUAAGAAGUCAAAGUACCUAUACACUCACGAAAUACAAGUCUUUUGACAAUAUUAAACCAGUCCAAUUUUACCCAUACAAUAACUCAAACCUGUAUAGACAGGGUGAAGAAAUUCUCUCAAAUUUUAUACUCUUUGUUGCCAUUCAAUGUUAAUUAAAUUCCUAACCAGUGCCAUUUAAUUUCUACAAUAACGUAACUUGGGUUAUUGUAUUUAUGCAACACUCUGACCUAUCAAAAUUUAUUUUAUUUUGGUGCUCGAUGAGCCUCUAAAACGAAACGAAACCAUCAACACACUUGUUACAACUGCACUGAUUUAUUAUUGAAAUUUUAUUACUGUUUUUAUUUGUAUUUGCUCAAUUUCCGUAUAAGUGCAAUGAUUCAUGUAUAUUUUUUGUUUGACCUCUGUCUCUCACUGAUGUUCCUUCUUAUUUCCUCCCUGUAAAACUUUUUGAGUUAAACAGAUUUGUUAAUUAAAAAAAAGAUUGUAUAACGAUAGGCCGUGUGACUGUUGUAUGUGCAUUUACAUUUGUAAAUAUCCAUCGUUUUAUAUUAUUGUUUAUGUGGAUGAGACGAGAGCGAUUUUGAAUGUGCAGUAAAUUAACUGCAAGACUGAUAUUUUGAAUGUUGUGUUUUUUUGUGUAUAAAGUAAUUAUAUGUAAUAAAAAUAGUUUAUAGAAAAUUA